AUGGCACAAAUAAUUAUAGAGGAGGAAGAAACCUCAUCCGAACGGAGAACACGACAACAAUGUUUAAAUAGGGAUCGUGAAGUUGCCCACGAUAGCUUGAUGGCCGAUUACUUUGCCGAAAACCCGGUAUACACAAAGGAAAUGUUUAGGCGUAAAAGGGGAUUUACCACUUUACAAAAGUGUACGUCGGCAAUUCGCCAAUUGGCUUACGGUACAAGUAGCGACGUGUGGGAUGAAAUGAAGAUGUCUGAUAGAACUUCAAGAGAUAGUUUAUAUCAAUUUUGCAAAGGGGUGGUCAAGCUAUACAGCACGAAGUACUUGCGAAGGCCAACAAAUAAUGACAUCAUAAAGUUGUACCACGCACACAAAAGUAAACAUGAUUUUCCUGGAAUGCUUGGUAGCACAGAUUGUAUGCGUAAUUACCCUAACGCAUGGCGAGGUCAAUUUACUCGAUGUGAUCAUGGUCAUCCCACAUUAAUUCUAGAAGUCGUGGCAUCAAACGAUCUUUGGUCGGAUGUUUUCAAUGAUAUCAUUAACGGUACAGGGCCUGAUUCUAGGUUUUCGGUUUCAGGAGUAGAAUACAAGCACGAGUGUAAUCUAGCCGAUGGAAUAUACCCAACAUACGCAGUGAUCGUUAAAACUAUACCGUAUCCAGAAGAUGAGAAAAGAAAGAAAUUUGCGAAAUGUCAAGAAUCUGCUAGAUGUUGA